AUUUGGGGCUAUCAAGGGAGGCUGCUGGUCAUGUGACUCUAGGUGGGCUGGCCAUAUGACUCUGCAGGGAGCCUUCUUGCAAUGUAAUGCUCUCUGUAGAACUCAGUGAGUGCUUGUAGCUUGGUACAGACACACACACACUGCAAGUUCUCCAUACAGAGAGAACAGACACACAACAAUGGGGCUCGGAGUGAUCACAUCUAAAACAUUUCUGUGUCUUCUCAGCUUGAUUUACUUGGUAAGUAAAGCCACUUGCUUUUUAUAUUAAGAUUAUUUAUCUUCUCUUUCUGUAUAUUUUAUUUUUAAAUCAACCUGUAAUUCAGCAUAAUACACGUUAUUGUGGGAGAUAAUACAAUCUCAGACAUGCUCAGACCAUAGAAGUGAGAAGAAUUGUAUUUAGCUCAGAUUUUGUUUAUUGGAUAGGUAAGUAAGGUUUAUAUAUAUAUAACAAAAAAUACAAAAUACGGAUCUUGAAAAAGGCCCUAUAGGAUCCCUGAAAUUUUGCAUUUAAAAUAAAUUGAGCACUUGUUAAGACCUGAGAGUGCACCUUAUCUGUAUUUUAUGUUAUUAAUAUUGAUGCUGAGGUUUGCACCCAGGCAAGAGUUUCAAUACAUUUGCAUCAGAGGGUGAGUGCCAAGUUCACUAUAAUAUAUAUAUAUAUAUAUAUAUAUAUAUAUAAAAUUUUAUUUUUUUUAAUCAGGCAUUAUUAUUAUUAUUAUUAUUAUUAUUAUUAUUAUUAUUUUAAUGCAAGGCAAAUUCCGUUAUAAUUGUUUAUGCUGUAAAUGUAUCCAUGUUCCAGGGGAAUUGUUGACCCACCAUAACUGGCAUAUAGCCAACCAAAACACAGUCUAUCUGGAAAGACCCCUCAUACAUGUUAGCCAAUACCCUCUGAAAAGCCUUUUCCAAUUCACCAGUCAGAGACCGGAAUAGUGGGAGUAAAGGAUCACGCUUUUAUUCCAAUAGAGGAGAAGUGGUCCAGACUGGUUCUGAGGGCAAACAGAUUAAAAUCUUGAAUCGAUACAUGAUAUCAGUGAUAAUAAAUAAUACAGAAAUGCAAGCAGGCUUGGCAUACACUCUUUUUUUUUUUUGUGUGUGUUUAUUUUACUAACAGGAAAGCAGACUCUACUAAUUGGGAGGAGGAUUAUUCCUCACAUUGGGAGUGGGACAAUGCCAUACACCUGCUGGCUUAGAAAACUUUGGUUACAAAAUAAUUAUAUUGCUGAGUGUACAUUCUUCCCUAUUAACCCUUCUAUUACCAGACAGCAAGCUUAUCCAAUAUAUACGUUGCAUUCUACUGAUUUACAUUUUAACGUUGAAUAACUAGAAGUAUGUAUAACUGUAUCUUAUCAUUAAGAUAUGAGCCACGCACAUUACAGCCAACUUAUUCCUGCCUUCGAAUACGAUUUUGUUUUUAUUUGGAUUCCAAUCUUUCUAUAAAACUGUUCUAUCCCCUUUAGGACUGGCGGUGGUCUUUGCCAGCUAACAAUCUAUGUCCAAAAUGAAAAAUGAAAUGUUCCGUUCAUAAUAAAAACAUGGCAGUACCAAGAAAACCACACAUCCGCACAGGCGUAGUCAUAAAUGAAUUUGUUAUGCUGCACUGCUACUAUGGUGGAGCUUUAUAAUUAAUGCACUAAUUUAAUGUAAUAAGAUGGAAAAGCCUUUUUUUUUUUUCUUUCUUAUAGAGACAAAGUAUGUGUUUUUGUGAACAGAAAAUUUUACAUAAUGCAAACUAAUUUCUGCUGUUUCCCCUUUUUAUCUUCCUGAGUUUAUUCAAUAAAUAAUUAUUUGCAAAGGAGAUUGCAUUGAGAAUAAAUGGCCCACCUGUAACUUUAGACAAGUUAAAGAUUUACAUUUUUUUUUUUUUUUCUGUUUGCUGGUGGUUGGCUCAUAAACCCCAUAUAUGUGAAUAGUACGGUAUUGCUGUCUGCAUGAGCAGUUUCUGAGUAAAUACAAUUAUAAUCUCCUGCUAUGUCCUGAUCUUUCUUUUCUACAACUUAAAUACCACCAAUUGAUUUUAGUUGGUGUUACAUCAAGCCCCUUUUAUACCAACUCUGUUCUCCUUUAAUGUUUCUGUACGUGAGUAAAAUCAUGUUUUUAAAUAAGACAUCAUUUUAAGUUUGUGUGUUUUUUUUUGUUUUUUUUUCUUAGUUCUGGAUAAGACAUGUUGACGUAUACAAAUAGCCUUUUUUAAAUGUUUUGGAAGCAUUUGAGAGACUGGUGUGUCUACUUGUUUGCAGGGCCAUUUGAAGGAAUUUGGGGGCCCCAAGCAAAAUGGACAUGGAGGCCCCUCUCCCCCCCCACCCUGCACGCACGCAAAGCCUACAAGAACCACAGCAUAGCCAUACAGUUUAAGUUCACCCACACUUUAUAUAAAUAAAAAGGUUUACAGUGCAAAUACUGCUGUUGCAUAAAUAAAAAAUGUUUACAGUGCAAAUACUCCUGUUGCAUAAAAUUUGAACAUUUGCAAAAAACACCACUGUACCAUAAAAUCAAAUAUACAUUAAAAAAGUGCACAAUAACUAAAUCCAACAUACUUAAAACACAUACUCUCACUAACAGACACACUCUCACUUUAUUUUUUUAUUGAACCCCCCAACCUCCUUACCUUUGGGAAUGCUGUGGGGCUACUGAUCGGGCGGCGCUGGCGAGGGAGCACUUUACCCUAAGCGCUCUGCUCAGCUCCCUCGCGCGCCGCAGAGUAAUGCCGGGAGCUGAAAUAUGACGUCAUUGUGAGCUAAGCAGAGCGAUCAGGGGGAAAGUUCUCCCUCUCCAGCGCCACCCAACUGACCGGAUUGUUAGAUGCAAGGUUAACAAGACAUUUGCCCUGGGCAUUUGGGGGCGGCUUUUUUUGCCGCCCCCUGGAAAGUGCCGCCUAAGGCAAAUGCCUUGUUUGCCUCGCGGCUAAUACGUCCCUGGUCCUUGUCUUGGGGCCACAGGCCAGCUCGGGCCCUAAGCAAUUGCUUGGUUUGCUUGCCUUGUUGCGACAGGCCUGCUUGUUUGGAAAUAUCUAAAGCUUUGCAUUUUAAUAGUGACUUACCUAGUUACAAACCUUGACGGUUAAAUUUGCCUUUUUUUUUAAAUGGGUUUAGUGGUCUGUAUCUGUGUGUGUGGUUAGAUGGGACAGUUUGUAACAGCAAGUGUCCCAAGCACUAUGUGAAAUCAAAUAUUUUAAUUUCCAGAAAAAUUGAUCCACAUUAAAACUGUCCCAAACAAUAGCCCUUGUAUAAGUAACUUAAUUGAACUUAAAGGAACACUCCAACCACCAUAACCACUUCAGCUCUCUGUAUUGGUUAUGUGAUGUCCCAUGUUAAAUGUUCAAACAGUUUUAGUAGAGAUUGACAACUUACCGUAGUGCUACUGGGCAACAGAGCCACCAAAAACUCUGCUUACGGUCUCCUUUUAUAAGAAUUUGGUUAGCUCUACAAAUAGUGUAGAGAGUACCCUACUGCAAGUCUUGCUUCACAUGGUGGCUGACAACUUAGUUUCUUUGUAAAAAUCAAUGCAGUUAUAAGACUACUAACCCCUGAGUCUGAUGUAUAAAAAGCUGGGAAUGUUAGUUUUCUGUAUUCUUCCUGUAUAAAACACAACACAAAGGCUAUGCUCUGCUCCAGAAGAUGUAACCCAGCUUUGUUUGACUGCUCUUAUCCUAUGUGAUGCGUGGUACCGUGGCUAUGGUAUAAAUUACAUAUUUAAUAUGACCAGUAAAUGCAGCAGAUGUUAGUACGUCAUAAGUAAGUGUUCUAUUUUAUAAGUGGGGGGUUUUUGGGGGUUUUUUUUUGGGGGGGGGGAGGUUUGCCUCCUUUUUUUAUUUUUUAAUGCAUUAUCUAUGUAAUUCAUUUCAACAAUGGGAGUCAUUUGUGACCUGCACUAUUCUUUCAAACAAAAGAUCCUUCUAUAUAACAUUACUCGUGAUGAGAGGAACAUCUCAAGGAGACACUCCAGGUACUAGGCGAAAUGCACUAUGGAUAGUUCCGUAAAAAUGUAUCCUCAGUGCCCCAUUUGAAUUGCAUAUUCUAGCAGUAAUUUAGUGUACUUGCAUUGAUCUCCAUUCCCUACAGAAAUAACUCAGUACCGCUCUGGCAGGAUGCCUAGAGGAAAGAACUGCUUUAUCAUGCUAAAGAAAAAAACCUUGAGAAAUAGAUGACGACUACAUAACUGAGUUAUGGGAAUAAACACGUGAUCCCUGUAGGGAAGUGAUAAACAUCCUUUACCGCAGCGGCUAGGAGUACUAGUUGGAUAACGUGACCAACCCAUCAGAUCGUUACUACGCAAAGCUGUCUUCUGAAUAAAUAUAUACCAGUAUUGUAUGAGGAAUGUUGGUUUUCUAGAACCAGAUACACAUAGAGCAAAGAGUUAAACAUUCCAUUCUACAGUUGGCCCCUCGGAUAUAGUUUUGUUGAGCUUAUUUGCUUUUGCAGUGAAAGAAUAAACCACAAACAUGGAUUCUUCAUGUAUAUCUCUGUCUAAUUGUGUUUUGGAUUUUUUUUUAUUGUAAUUUUGUGAUUUUAGAUAUGGUGAAAGAAGCAAUGCCAUUAUGUGACUUUGUGUUGGUAUUUAUUCUAUUUCUGCCAUGUCACUACCCUUCACUCCCUCGGUAGUCGGUAAGAUCUUAAUGGAAUGAUCGCCCAGCAGAACCAUUAGAGUUCUUGCAGUCCAUCACUAUUUGCAAAUACUGCCUCUGUCUCAAUCUCCCCUGUCCAUACAGAUGUAGAAGCAUUUGCCAACAGUCCGAGAUAUAUUUCACUGACAAAGCUGCUUAAUAUCCAAUGUCCAUGUCUAUCGUCAACAAAGGUCCUUUGUUGACUCGUGUAUUUCACUUGUCCCACUCUACAAAAGUUCUUCACGGUGUCCCAUUUCCCACCAAUGGAAUGUUAUAACUAGAAAAUAGACAAGUGUAACCAUUAUCAAGGUCAUUGUUGUCCUAUUCCUGUAUCUAUUUUUUUUUUUUUUUUUUUUUUAGAAGCAACAGAUCAAUACAAGAUGGUCUUCUUUUAGUGUUCAUUUUGGUGGUUUCAAUUAAGCAAAAAAGUUGCUAUCUUUGUAGGUGUGGUUCAGUGGUGUGAGUACUUGAUGUGAUCUCGUCUGCUGAUCUAUAUUUAGGGAAGUUGUCAGUAAUGCAGAAUCUCAGCAUGUGAUUUCGCCUGACAACAAUAUAAGGAAGGAACUCAAAACAGUAGCCAUUCAUAUGGUCAACACAUGGUUAGAAGGAAUUUGUGAGUCAGGGUAAAAUCUUACAUCCUCAGCUUGAAGGUGUGGUAAAUGUCAGGAAUGAUGGAGAUAUUAUGCCCUUGAUAAUUCUUUCUGAGUGCUGAUAUAGGGCAAAAAGGUCUGGGGAGCCACAGUGGUACCAAAAGGCAAACAUGCAUUGGUAGCUGGUUCAUUUGUGCUUUACCAUAACUUACCAUCAUACAGUGUUAUUAUGACCGACAGAAUGGUGUGGAUUGUGUUGGAGGUUUCCUAUGACCUUUGCCAAGUUUAUAUUUGUAUAUUACCCAAGGGCUUUACAAAUUUGCUUGGAAUUUUCGCCUUUUCAGAGGUGAGUAGAAACACCUUUCCUGUGUGAUUGGAGGGGGGAGGGGGGAGGGGGGGGGGCAAGCCACUCACUGAUACUCUCACGCCUAUGGCUGGACGGACGGACGGACGGACUCUCUCGCUUAUGGCCGAUGGACACACAUACUGAUAUACAAGGUGCUCCUUUCAUUAAUCGGAAAGGGAACCUAAUCCUAAAUAUAUAAUUAUUCAUUUCACUUCCUCAAACUAAAUGAACUAAUUUAGGAUUUGUAGACCUGAGUUCUCUGUAGUGCUGAUGAUGCGUUCCAGACACCAUGAAUGUCUAACUGGUAACCCUUCAGUUUUUUUACUUUUAUUUUCAGCUUUCAAUCAAGAGGUUGGGGUUGAUAAAGAUGUGUGUGUGUGUGUGUAUGUAUUUGGAUACUAACAGAUCAGACUUUGUCCUGCUUUUCUGCUCAAUUUGUUAAAGCUACUCUGUCUUGUAUGUGUAAAAUAAUGCUGUGUGAGUAACACGUGCAUGAAUACAUUGAGAAGUGUUUACCUCAAUGUAUCCACCGCAUUGCACUUGUUGAAGACCGGAAAUGCAUAUGGCAGCCACUACUUCUCUUUUUCAGUCUCUACAUCUCCCUUACUGUCUUGACCAAGUUUUGAAAUGACGAAUACAUGGUUUUUCCAUGAUUCUCAGGUUUGUGGUUGUUUUUGGGUUCCUCACGGAUAGUACUAUUUAUUUAUUUUAAAGCAAAGGAUGUGGAGAGGUCUGCUCAAGCAAGCUUACCAUGAGUAUGUUCCCUCUGGGAUAGAAGCUUGAUACUUACUGGAUAAACCUUGUGCUAUAUGCGAUUAUAUCUGAUUUAAUUGUCCUAUAUGAUCACAACUUUAAAGAUAUUCUAUUGAGAAGUUGUUUUUAUUUUGAAUCCAAAAACAUUCUAUUAUUAUUGUCAUUUAUAUAGCGCCAACAGAUUCCGCAGCGCUUUACAAUAUUACAAGUGGGGGGAUUUAACUAUAAAUAGGACAAUUACAAAAAACCUUACAGGAAUGCUAGUUUGUAGAGGACCCUGCUCAAAUGAGCUUACAGUCUAUAGGAAGUGGGGUAUAAAACACAUUAGGACAGGAAUAGCAAUCAAAUAAGGUGGGAGUGAGGCAGAGCUGGAGGAGAGAGUAGAGUGCUGCCCUUUAAGAGAGAGCAAGAGACAGGUAUGUAAGGUAGAGGUUACUCUAGUCUAUUUAGCUGUAAUUACUCUCAUUUCUUCCUUUGUAAUUUCAUUUUAAAGGUGGAGGUGGCAUGUUUGUAGUGUACCUAUGUGCUAAUGCUAGUUUCUAUUCGAAUAUAAAAAAUCUUUGUCAUUUACCUACCUGUGAUGUUUUGCUAAGUGAUUAUGCCCUGACUGUUAGAGAAAAAGUUUAUUUUAUUCUGUCUAUAAUGUAAAGUAUUUUAACUUUAUUUUUAUUUUUUUCAUCCCAGGCUUCCGCAUCAGGACUGUUCUACGUUGCGUUGAAAGUUAUCCUGACCUACAGACAAUAUGCCGAAUUCCUUGGGAACUACUAUGUAACUCUUCCAGCUGUUGUCAUCCUAUUUAUCGCUGUUAUCAUGCUCAUCAUUGGCUUCCUCGGCUGUUUCGCUAUAGUUCAGGAAUCCAGCUUCGGAUUGGGAUGUGUAAGUUUACAGUGUUUAAUGUGGUUGGAAUUUUAAUUCUUUAGUCCUUUAAAGGACCACUAUAGUGCCAGGAAAACACUAAUUUUCCUGGCACUAUAGGGUCUUUAGGUCCCGUCCCCCCCCCCCCACCCUCAGGGUCCCACUCCUGCUGGGCUGAAAGGGUUAAACACUUACCUUUUUCCAGUGCCGGGCUCCCUCGGCGCUGGGGAACACUCCUUUCUCUGCCGAUGUCAGCACCGUGCACAUUCAAACCGUCCAUAGGAAAGCAUUUCUCAUUGAGCUGAAGUGGUCUGGGUGCCUAUAGUGGUACUUUAAAGGGACUCUCCAGUGCCAGGAAAACAAUCAGUUUUCCUGGCACUGCAGGUCCCCUCUCCCUCCCACCUCCCAUCCCCGGUUGCUGAAGGGGUGAAAACCCCUUCAGUGACUUACCAGAGGCAGCAACAUGUCCCAUGUCACUGCUUCUUCCUCCGCUAACGCUCCUCCCCUUCAUCACGUCAGCCGGCGGGGGAGACCUAAUGCGCGGCAAUGCCGCGCAGGCGCAUUAGACCUCUCCAUAGGAAAGCAUUGAAAAUGCUUUUCAAUGCUUUCCUAUGGGGAUUUUAGCGAUGCUGGAGGUCCACACACAGCGUGAGGAUGUCCAGCGACGCUAUAGACCAGGAAGUUCCCUCUAUUGGCUGUCUAGUAGACAGCCACUAGAGGAGGAGUUAACCCUGCAAGGUAAAUAUUGCAGUUUAUGAAAACUGCAAUAAUUACACUUGCAGGGUUAAGGGUAGUGGGAGUUGGCACCCAGACCACUCCAAUGGGCAGAAGUGGUCUGGGUGCCUGGAGUGUCCCUUUAAUAAAAGUUUACAAUUGCGUAUGUAUGUGUGUUUUUAUAAUUGAUGCCAUUUAUCCUGAAUCACGUUGUGGGUUUCUAUAUACCGCCUGUAGCAAUGAAUGGAGAUCCGAUCUUGAUGUUAAAACAGCUACUUGUCAUAUAGUCACUCUAGCUGUAAUUGUGUAAUGUACAGUGAGUCCAACUGCUUUGUACAAAGUUAUAUAUCUAAAACAGUGAAUUCUAAUUUUCUUUUUUUUUUUUUUUUUUUAUAGUCUGCCUACUCUGCUCUUAUUUAAAGCUCAAAUUUUUACAUUCUGUGUAACCCUCUUUACUGUUAUUUGUGGAGUACUAUAUAUGUAUAUUAAUAUCAAAAUACAGUUAGAACAAAUUUAAACCAGUAUAUAAUUUUUUUGACAUUUUAUAUUUUAUUUGUUUUAUUUACAUAUAAUAUAUAUGCACACACUUUCACACGCACUUGGAUUUUCCAAUAGUGUAUUAUAAAGUAUUCAUCAAUCUACAUGAACGUUUUGACCCUUCAGGGUCUUUAUCAAGAGGGGUCGAAACGUUGCUUUAGAUUGAUGAAUACUUUAUAAUACACUAUUGGAAAAUGCAAGUGAGUGCUCCUGUCUGAAUUUGUUUAUCUAUUGGCCUGGAGGCAUCCGGGGAAUAUAAUUUUUGAUCUCUUAUUUUGGGUCGAGUGCCAGAAUCUGGACAUUUAUUUAUUAAUUUAUUUAUAAAAAUACACUUUUUAAUAGUUUAUGUGCAUGUAAAAGUACUUGGAAUAUAUAUUAUGUAUGUGAUCAAAGUACUUUUUAUGUACUAUAUAAACUUUUUUUUAUUUUAUUUUUGGCACUAGGGGGACUGCCUGAGAACUUAGGCAGGCACUGCACAAGCUGGCUAUUCUGGCCAUGUGAUCGCGAUGACCUCUCGAUCACAUCACCCGAGAGGGCCGGUUCAGGCAGUGGGGGUCUCCCUGAGCUCCCACACUGGCCAAUCAGCAUCUCCUCCUAGAGAUGCAUUGAGUCCAUACAUCUCUAUGGGAAAAGUUCAGCGUCUCCACUCUCUGUAGUUUUUAUAUUAAAAUGGCACACAUGGACUGACUAUGUUUGCCAGCACAACUACAUUAAGCUGUUAUGCUUUCCAAAACUGUGAAAAUAUUUAUUUACACACACACACACGUGUUUAUAAUAAAUGGGAAUUUAUGUAUGUCACAUCAAAUUUAACUCCCUUUUUGUCAUUUAAAAACAAAACAAAAAAACUGUAUAUAAUAUGUAUAAAAUGUGUUGGUACAAUAAAUGAGAUCGAAAUUGUUGUUGGGGCGCGCUCACACACAGCGCAAAAAUUACCUGUAUCCUUAUGCAUAAAACAAGCAAACUGGAGCUGUGCCAAUAUCUCAUUAUACAGAAAUAUAAAGCUAUAGCUCUAAAAACCUUGUGAAAGGGGCACUGUUAUCCCCAAGUAAUGCUUCUUGUAACUAUAUGUGUUAUCUACACAUUGAUUCAGUAAAUCUAUAUUUUUAAGAGUACAUUAAAGAUUCGCGUUAACUGGCACUGUAUUGCAGUGAAUAAAUGCAACAGGUUUUAUGUCACGUCUCAAUGUGUAAGUGACAAAUGGCUGCUCACAGAGGUGGUGCCUGGCAAGUUGGCCCUUGUUUUACCAACAGCAACACAAAGUGAGGCAGCCUUACAUUUACUCAUAUAUUUGGAAGGAAGAAAGCUAGAUCCCACUUUCUGUUUGCCCCUGUCCUAGCCUAUGGAUGCUAUGAGGACACUGACCCUCCCAGCAUCCCCCCCCACUGGAUCUACAAAGUUCUAUUCUUCUCAUACCAUAUGCACUCAAGCACUGUUAAAAUUGUUUGACAGAUUUAGUUUUUAAUGCGAAGGUUUUUUUAAACAGGACUUGCUUUAAAUUAGAAUACCAAUGCUUCAUGCUGAUACAUAACCGUAUUUUCAUCAUUUUAUUUCCUCUUUUUCAGUUUAUGUUCUUGACCUCCAUCAUAUUUGCUGCUGGAAUAACUGGCCUUGUUUUAGGGCUUAUCUACAAGGAUAAAGUAAGUGCGUGUGUGUUAAUCUCCAGCAUUGUAUACUAUGGCAUAACUGUUAACAUGGGCAUCUGGGGAAUAAUUGUAAUGACAUCCAUGCUUGGUCCCUUCUUUUUGACAGUGUCAUGAAGGGGAGGAGCAGUCAUUAUCACAUAAAGCAAGGGUGAAUCGCGUUUUCACAACCAUGGUGUCAGGAAUACAUGUUUGUAUUCCUAACACUAUAGUGUUCUUUUAAGCAAAUGAAAGGAACAUUCUGGUCACCAUAACAACUUCAUCUAAAUGAAAAUGCUAUGAUGCCAGGAAGCCCCUGGGUGCUCUAUUUACUUUAAGGGGUUAAACCGCUCUCAGAUGGUUUAACCCCAAAGGCUUCCUCCAGUUCCAGAUCUCCAGGUCGCUCAGUGGUGUUCAGCUUCUAAAACGGAGUGUCAGGAAGUACAGAUUUACGUCAGGCAUGGGUGCUGCAGAUUGGCUAGAGUGGUCUAUUGACGCUCUAAGCCAAUCGCUAGUUCCUGGUUCAUAAAAAUGUUUUUUGCCUUUUUAUGAAUGGGGAGCUAUUGAUUGGCUUAGAGUGCCAGCUGACCGCUCUAGCCAAUCAGUGACACCCCUACCCAGCGACACUCUGUGCUUCCUGACACUCAGUAAAUAAAAGUGAACACAUUAAAAGAUAUAUAAUUUUAUUAAUUUUUUUUUAAUUUUUUUUUUCUGGUGAGAUGAGAAGGUCCAAAGGUUCCCUGCCAGACACAGGUUACCAAAGCCUUAUGAUGUGGUGUCCAGAAUAAAGUGGAGGGCUCACUUCACUUGUCCUUCCUGCUCCAAUCUCCUUUUCUUCUGCUUCAUUUGACACAGUCUUCUUUUUCUUCUGACACAGUCUUCUCUCCUCCUUGGCUCCUUCUGCUACUUUCUGCUUAUUGUGCUACUUUCUCUUUCUGAUCCUUUUCUGCUCCUUCUCCUACUUUACGUUUGUGCUCCUUCUGCCCCUUCCAGCUCAUUGCUGACUCUUCCUGCUCAUUUCUGUUCCUUCUCCUAUUUUACCUUUCCAGCUCCUUGCUGACCCUUCUCCUACUUUACCUUUUGUGCUCUUCCUGCCCCUUCCUUCUCCCUUUCUGCCCCUUCUCUUACUUUACCUUCCUGCUCCUUGCUGACCCUUCCUGUAGGAUGCCUCCCCCCAAUCCCUCACUUACCUGAUCUGUAGGUGGACCCUCCCAUCUCUCACUUACUUGAUCUAUAGGCUCUCUCUGCCGAGCCCCAUCCUUCACUUACCUGAUCUGUAGGCUAUCUCUGUGCCCCACCCCACCCUCCCAUCCUUCACUUACCCGAUCUGCUGCAUGUGCUGCUCCCCAGCAGAUUCAGUCAGGAGAGAGAAGCAGGGAUAAGAUGUAACUUCCUAUCCCUGUCUCUCUCCAUACACAGUGCCACCUACUGGCCGGCGCCAGUAUUGCACUGUAUUUUCACUCUCACAUGAAAAAUAGCAGAAUAAGCUGAAAAAUACUUGCCCCUCCCCUGUGGACGCUCUUGACUGUUGAGUACCACUGUCCUUUUAGAAAUCAAUAGAGCUACAGUAUAAAUUUCAAAGGACUAAUAUCAUACAUUCAAAGAAACUAUAUCUUGUUUUCUCUUUUUUACAUACAUAACUGUUUCUCACUCUUUUCUUUUUUUUUUUUUUUUUCUGUCAUAUGGUGGCAGUAACUUCUGGGUUUUGCUCCUCCCUGUGGACAUGACAUCUUAACAAGUAAUAUUAGAUCAAAAGACCCUCCCCUUUUCAAUAUAAAAUGCCGCACCACAAAACAUACCCAAGGUUCCUUUCUUGUCCCGAUAGGGAAGGACAGGACAUCCAUAGGUGAGACACACGGGUUGUCUGUCUGGGGGACCCGGUCUGAGAGCUGCCCAGGCGGUAUGCUGAGACCCGUGCUCCUCAAUCGUUACUGAGCAAGUGGAGGUUAGCCUUCUUAUGCCGAGAAGGGUUCCAGCAAAAGGUUUCCUGGAGGCGGAGCUCGUUUCUGAGCAGGCGCACAGCGUUGGAACGCACGCCAGGGUGGUGUUGCGUUCCACCUAAGCUUCCGGGUGCGCUAAAACGCAUGCUCAAACCAAAAGUUUAAAGGUACAUACAAAAAAAAGCAGCGAAAAAUUUUAAAUCUGGUGAAUAAAAGAGCUGUGCAGUACCCACUGACUGCAUGGAUGCAGGUCAGAAGAGGUACGCCAUGUCACCUGCCCCCCACACGGCUCAGAGGUAUUUUGAGGUAAGAUUAAAAUAAAUCUUUACUUUUAAAUAUUCUCUGGAAAAUUUAUAGGAAUUUUCAAUCAAUCUAAAAGCCUCCAUUUAUAUAUUCUCCACAGAUAUGUCUAGCCCAGCUUAUCCUGAGAUGGACAAGGAAAAACUGGCUACUUUCAUGCCUAGAAAGGCUACGGUAAAAUCUAAACAUCUAGUUUGCAGUGAAUGUGCAACUCCUCUUCCAGACUGAUACAGUGGAAAGAGAUAAGCAAAAAGAUAUGCAAUCUUUCCUAACCUGGUUCCAAGAAAAUCUGGCCCAGACCUUGGAGACUAUUAAAGAGUCUAAAAAGGUGGACAAAGGAUCAAGAAAAGAUAAUCGUCUACAUCUGAAACAUCAUCCGGGGAAUAUAUUUCCUCAAUAGAUUCAGAUGAGUCAGGAUCCUCAUCAAGUGAACCAGUGGGGUUUCCUUCGGAGGAAAUCCGAAAAUUCAUAAAGGAAGUUAACCUAACAAUCCUACCUCAGGGAUCUGAGAAUCCUAAAAAGGUUUUUCUGUUUUACAAAGCCUGGUUGAUCUAAUUUUUAGGGAAUGGAGAAACCCUGAAAAAUGUGCCUUUAUUUCCAGACACUUCAAGGAUAUCUUCAGACUGGCUGGUAAAGUUAAUUGGGAAGAUCUCCCAAAAGUAGAUGUUCAGGUGGCGCAGAUUGCUUAAAAAAAACACUAUCCCUAUAGGGGAAACUUCAGCUUUAAAGAAUCCAAUGGAUAAAAGAGCCAAAACCUCUUGUAGGCGAGCUUACCAGACAGUCGGUUUUCAAUGCAGGGCUUUACUGGCAGGAGCAGUGGUUGCCAGAGCAAAUGGUAUUUGGCUGAAUGUGGUACAAGAUAUUUUAUCUUCUGACCAGGUUAAAGAACUUAACCACAUGUUUCAGAACAUGCACUUGGCAAACGAAUACCUUUUGGAUAUGUCGGUAGAAGUUCUUAAAUUGGCAUCCAGAAUUAUGGGAUUGUCUUCGGUAGCAAGACAAGCUUUAUGGUUAAGGUCUUGGACGGCGGAUUCAGCUUCCAAAUCGGUCCUUUAUGAGCUUCCACUAGAAAAAACAAAAUUAUUUGGGGCUCCUUUAGAAGAAAUCAUUAGGCAAAUGUCAGAAACCAAGAAGGCGCUUCCUCAGGAUAAGAAGUUCUCCUGGAGAUCAGGUUACAGGAAUUACCAGUAUAAAUAUAGGAGAUCUUCUCAAGAGAGACCGCAUUUCUUUCAAAGAAGGGAUAAAAAUCGGAGAUUCGAACAAAGAGGUGACGUUAAAAGAACCUUCAGAGAUAAAGAGACGUUUCUGACGCCAUAAGUGUGGGAGGAAGGCUCCAACAUUUUUUUUCCAAUACGGGAAAAGACCACAAGAAAUCCUUGGUUUCUAAGUCUUAUCAAACAGGGACACAAGAUUAUAUUUACAGAGGAUCCAAGAGCAAAGCUUCUGGUAUCCACCUACCAGUCUUCAAAGAGAUCACAAGCCCUAUAUUGUCAAACCAUGCAUCUGUUACAAAAAAGGGUGAUAGAAAGAGUACCAGUAAAACAAACAUUUCGGGGAGUCUAUUCAAGAUUAUUUCUGGUUCCAAAACAAAACCACUCUUAUCGUCCCAUUCUGGAUUUAAAGAACAUAAACUGGUUUAUCUCUUAUCAAAGAUUUCGUAUGGAGUCAAUCGCAUCUAUUUGUCCUCUAUUACAAAGAGGCGACUUUAUGGUAAAAAUAGACUUGAAGGAUGCUUAUCUGCAUGUUCCGAUUGCUACCACUUCAAGAAAAUUUUCUAAGAUUUGCAAUUAAAAAAAGGAAGAUCCACCGUUCAUUUCCAGUUCAGGGUUCUGCCGUUUGGUCUGACUUCCGCCCCAAGGAUAUUUGCAAAGAUCCUAACUCCUCUUACAGCUCAUUUGAGGGAAUUGGGAAUAUCGAUUAUCCCUUAUUUGGACGACUGGCUUCUCAUGGCUAGACGCUUUAUCAAUAGAGUGGAACUUCCGCCUGGCUUAUGUCUUUCCACCUCUGCCUUUAAUCCCAAAGGUCCUUCUCAAGAUACGAACAGACAGAGUGAGAGUUUUAGCAAUAAUCCCAUAUUGGCCAAACAGAGUCUAGUUUUCGGCUGUAAAGAAGAUGGCCAUUGAUCAUUGGGAACUUCCCAGAUCAAACUUCCUCAUUGUGAACAGGGACCUGCCCUUGAAAGUUCUAGAAAUUUUCAGGUUGACGGCUUGGCUACUGCGAGGCUAAUCCUUCAAAACCAAGGUUUACGAGAAGACAGAAUAGCGGUCUUACGCCACUCUACUAGAAAAUCUACAUCUAAGAUAUACUUUAGGAUUUGGUCUAAGUUUCUUCACUGGUGUAAGGAACACCAGUGCCUGGUUUUACAUACAUCUAUAGAGAACAUUCUCCAUUUUUUAUAAGACUAGUUUGCAGCUGGUCUGGGAGUCUCCACGCUCAAAGUUCGAAUAUCAGCCUUUAGUUUUUUUUUCUAAUUAAGGAUUUGGCCUCCAAUGUUUUCAUCAGAAGAUUUUUCAGGUCCAUCAGCCUCAAACGACUGCCUAGGCGAUCGGUGUUUCCAAAUUGGGAUUUAGCCCUAGUCCUACAAGCUCUUAGUGUUCAUCCCUUUGAACCUUUGGAGGAAGUUCCAUUAAAGAUUUUGUUUCUUAAAGUUUUAUUUAUGAUAGCCAUCACGUUGGCUAAAAGAGUGGGAGAACUUCACCAUUUUUCACAAAGACAAGGUUGUUCUUUAUCCAAGACCAUCUUUUCUUCUUUGUCCUCAAAGAAUGUUAAUCAGCCUUCGUUUUAUAGCGAUGCUUCAUCUCCUCAAGAGCUCAAAUGGCAGAAAUUGGACCUCAGAAGUGCGUUAUUUGUAUAUCUAGCCAGAACGAAAGAAUUCAGAAAUUCGGAUCAUCUAUUUAUUAAUUUUCAUCGGCACCUCAAGGGGAAGGUAGCUUCCCGCGGUACCUUGUCCCGUUGGCUCAUUCAGGCUAUAGAAUUGGCGUAUUCUACGGCAGAUCUUCAGUCUCCAGCUUCACUUAAGGCCCAUUCUACCCGAGCAAUGGCUACCUCAUGGGCAGAAAAAGCACUUGCAUCUCCAGAGGUCAUCUGCAAAGCAGCAUGCUGGUCAUCUUUUAACACUUUUAUCAAGCACUAUCAGCUAGACAUAUUCUCUGCCUCUGAAGCAACCUUUGGGUGUAAGGUGUUACAAGCUGUGGUGGCCUAAGUCCCGCCCAGAUGGGGAUCUUGCUAUAUCCCAGAAGUUACUGCCACCAUAUGACAGAAAAAACAGAAAUUUUUACUUACCGUAAAUUCUUUUUUUCUUAAUAUGGUGGCAGUACUGCUUCCCUCCCUUUUAUUUUUAAAUAAUUUUUGCAGUAUAUGUCUGUGUUUUCUUUCUUGUCACGUACUGGGGUAGAUUUGUGGUGCGGCAUUUUAUAGGGAAAAGGGGAGGGUCUUUUGAUCUAAUAUUACUUGUUAAGAUGUCUUGUCCACAGGGAGGAGCAAAACCCAGAAGUUACUGCCACCAUAUUAAGAAAAAAAGCAUUUACGGUAAGUAAAAAUUUCUGUUUUUUUUACUCUGUGUGUGUGUUGUAAUUUGUGCUGCUUGACCAAGUGUGAUUUGUUUGAAUGUGGUUAAUUAAAAAAGGAAAAUUUGUUAUUUUAUCUCCAGGUUCACAUUCAGGUGACAUCUUUUUCAAAAUUGCUGAUGAUGCACACAAAAAGGCUUAUUUCAUGUCAUACCAUGUGUGGAACUAUUGCUUUAGAAUCAGAUAUGCAAUAUUUUUAUUUCAUGUGCUACCUACACAAUACCUCCUCUGUUCUGACUUUACAAAACUCCCUUAAAGGGACACUAUAGUCACCAGAAAAAAGUUGUUCUGGUGAGUAUAAUCAGUGCCUUCAGGCAUUUUCAUGCAAACACUGCCUUUUCAGAGUGUUUGUAUGAAAAUGUGUCCUAGGGACACCUCCAAGUGGGCACUCCUCAGAUGGCCACUGGAGGUUCUUCCUGGCUCAGUGCUGCACAGUAGGCAGCAGUGCUGUUCAGUGUCUCCACGCUGUGCAUGGGGACACUGCAUUUUCCUCAGAUGGGGUGGGGCCAGCGCCGGCAGACCCGCGCAACGCUGGAAAUAAGCUGAGUUGUUUGUGUUUUUUUAAAAAAAAAAAUUUUUAUUAACUUUUAAAGGGGCUAAGGGGGGCCAACCACCUAAAUCAUGGGUAUUGCACUAUAGGGUCAGGAAUACAUAUUUGUGUUCCUGACCCUAUAGUGUUCCUUUAAAUUACCAUUUGUCAGUGAGCUGUUUUGAUGACAGAUGAUUGCACAGUGUGUGGUGAAAUCCCUGAACCAAAUAUAUAUUAUUAUUAUUAUUAUUAUUAUUAUUAUUAUUAUUAUUAUUAUUAUUAUUAAUAGGAAUUGUACAGCACCAACUUAUUCUGCAGCAUGUCACAAUGUUAAAAAGGGGAUUUAACCACAAAUGAGACAACUACAAAUGUUGUUAGGUAGAAUAGGUUGAAGAGGACACUGUUUCAAGGACCUUACAAUCUAGAGGAGGUAGGGGUAAAAAUAAAUAAAUAAAUAAAUAUGAAGGAUCAUGCGUAUUUUCAAUAUCUGGGUUAUUUUCUCAUCUGAGUAUAGUGAAUAUUCUGCAUUUAUGAAACUAAAGAUUUAAAGCUUUGACCAAAAUAUGAAUUUGCUGAUUCUGGAGCAGCACAGGUUUCUUCCAAUGCUUCAUCACUGUUAAUAUUGAUUAGUUAAGUGUUAUAUUCUCAAGUCUUGAUUGGGACUUCUACAGUAGUGACUUGCAUUCCACGUUGCUCUCUCUGUGAGUUUGACUUUAGAUUGCUCUUUACGCGAACGUUCUUUUACCUGCCAUUAUGGACCCUUAAAAUAAAUUGUUGUCCAGAAAGUAGCCAGGAAAACCCAAUAAACAAAUAUAUUUAGUUGUUUUGCAACCUCAAGAAUGAGUUAAUCAUGUCUGUCUGCAUUUCUUUUUCCAUUUUUAGAUAGACCCAGAACUGGACGAGAACAUGAACAAGCUUUUCCAGGAAUACGAUGGAAAAAGUCCACAGAGCUCGGCAGUCGAUUUUCUGCAAGAACAGGUAUUGGAACAUUGUUAGGGGAAAUGUUUAAAAUAUGGCAAAUUAAAAAAAAAAAUGUGUGUAUUUGUUAUAAAGUGAAUAUCAUGAGUUCGGGUAUGUAUGUCUUAAUUAGUUUGCCUAGGAUGUUGGCACAUUUUAUAGUCUAAAUACAUAAAAAUACAUAAAAAUACACAAAUAGACAUGCUGUUUUUACCAUAUAUGCAUUAGAGACACUCUAAGCACCAAAUGCACUGUGUGUUACUACAGUUUGACAAAUGUAAGUAUUGCCCAUUACAUUUGUCUGUCAAUAUGCCUCUAGUGACUGUCAGUCAGAUGGCCUCUGGUGAUACUGUGUUGAAAAUCUUCAGUAAUUUUAAAAUCUUUACAAUUGGCAUUAUCAGAUCUUCGCAUAAUGAUAUCAAAUGUUCUGAGAUUCAUUGGAUUGGCCCAAGAUGAUCAUCAUUGAUAAUCUCACAGCAGGUGGAGUGACUGCGAUGUCAAAAGCAGGGUGAUGCUGGACAAAGGUGUUUGUGACGGACCGCCUGGCACCCCGACCGGGUACCUCCGUCAAUUGCUGCUUCCUAGUACUUGCAAGCACCAUAAGCACCGCACUAGAACACCAGUGUAACAGAACGCCUGCCACCCAGACUGGGUGCCUCUGUCAAAAGAUGCUGCUGGUGCUCGCCAAGGACCAUCAGCACCGCACUUGACACCACAACCACCACAAACCCCACUUGCCGUCGUAGCUUGGUUGGGGUUUCGCCAUUCUCCACCCACCCUGGACACAAGACCGGGCUCCAGCUCAGUGGAUGAACCUCCCCUCCCCCCAUGCCUCACUUAACAGAUCUGUAGGCUCUCUCUGCCCCCUCAUGCCUCACUUACCUGAUCUGUAGGCUUUCUGCCCCCCCAUGCCUCACUUACCUGACCUGUAGGCUCUCUCUGCCCCCUCAUGCCUCACUUACCUGAUCUGUAGGCUCUCUCUGCCCCCAUGCCUCACUUACCUGAUCUGUAGGCUCUCUCUGCCCCCAUGCCUCACUUACCUGAUCUGAGGGAUCUCUCUCUGCCCCCAUGCCUCACUUACCUGAUCUGUAGGCUCUCUCUGCCCCAUGCCUCACUUACCUGAUCUGUGCUCUCUCUGCCCCAUGCCUCACUUACCUGAUCUGUAGGCUCUCUGCCCCCCCAUGCCUCACUUACCUGAUCUGUAGGCUCUCUCUGCCCCCAUGCCUCACUUUACCUGAUCUGUAGGCUCUCUGCCCCCAUGCCUCCCCUGAUCUGUAGGCUCUUUCUGCCUCCCAUGCUGUAGGCUCUCUGCCCCCAGGCCUCACUUACCUGAUCUGUAGGCUCUUUCUGCCCUCCCCCAUGCCUCACUUACCUGAUCUGUAGGCUCUCCCUCCCCCAUGCCUCACUUACCUGAUCUGUAGGCUCUUUCUGCCCCCCCCCAUGCCUCACUUACCUGAUCUGUAGGCUCUUUCUGCCCCAUGCCUCACUUCAUCUGUAGGCUCUCUGCCCCCAUGCCUCACUUCAUCUGUAGGCUCUCUCUGCCCCAGGCCUCACUUCAUCUGUAGGCUCUCUCUGUCCCCAGGCCUCACCUGAUCUAGGCUCUCUCUGCCCCCCAUGCCUCACUUACCUGAUCUGUAGGCUCUCUCUGCCUCUCAUGCCUCACUUACCUGAUCUGUAGGCUGUCUCUUCCUCUUCCACCCCCCCAAUGCCUCACUUACCGGAUCUCUGUCAAAAGAUGCUCCUAGUGCUCGCCAAGGACCAUCAGCACCACAGCCACUGCAAACCCCACUUGCCGCUGUAGCUUGGUUGGGGUUACGCCGUCCUCCACCCACCCUGGACCCAAGACCGGACUCCAGCUUCCAGUGGGUGAACUUCUCCUAAGUCCAGAGAGCAGGAACAAGAACAAUCUCUUAGAAGAGCUUACUCUGGAGAGUAUUGUGAUAUAGCAAUCCCCCGAGUGUAGGCAAUUCUCCAAUCCCCCAAACAUGAGCCGAGGCUUCAUGAAGGUACAAGAUGAUCUGUUUAAGAAGCACCAAAGGACUUUCUUUUAAGCAAGAUUUUCCACAAGGUUACCACUCACAUGGUCUUGUGGAAGAGCCAAUCAACAACGUACAAUACAGUUAAACACUCCCCUUCAUUCCAGUAAAAUCCUCUCCUCUGCCUGUGACAGACUUACUGUACACAGUUUUUAUACAAUUCUUAUAACUUUAAAAGUAUACAUGCAAUAUUAAUAAGUGACCUAUUCUAACUCCGCAUACUCCAUAUACAAACCUAUCCAAAAAUCAUACCAUUUAGUCCAGUGGUUCAAAAGUUAGGUGGAAGUCCUAUUUGGCCGACCGCAAGCAUGGCUUUCCUGCCCGAAAGAGUUCCAUAGAUUUGGGCUGUGCAGUCAGUCUAUUUUACACACACACACAAAAACUACUUAGUCCCAUUCAAAUGCACAAACAGGGCGCCGUUCGAAUAGUCGAACGCACUUCGAUUUCAGUCGAAGUGGAAAAUAAGGUAAGGGUCAGCGGUAUUCGUGCCGUCGUGUAGCAGAUUUCUGUUCCAUGAAUUUGGCAAACACUGCUGACCGCGUUCGACUAAAGAUGGCCGCCGCCACGUGUUCGACUGUACGAACGGCCACCCAGCGGUCGGCAAUUAACCUGCGGUUAACCACCAGCCUGCGCGGUAAAUAGUCUGCACACUUCCCCGUGUGUGUGUGGUCCACCUGUUCAGUAAUUGGUUCGGUCAGACCCAUUUACCGAACCAUAUGGGAAAAAGACAUGCACAAAGUAUUUUUACAGUCUGGGGACACAGUCUUAAAGGGGCAUUGACACAAAAAGUUUCAAUAUGCCCAUAGACUGUUUUUAAAGGGCCAUAGUCAUGAGGCAGGAGGCUGGCAAUCUGGCUUCUCCAUAAGCCAGGGGGACACAGCAGUUUGUCACAUGAAAAACCUGUGACAAAAGGCAUUUUGUCACAACCAUAACCACCGUAAAUCCCAUGAACCGCCACAGCUUGGUUAGGGUCUCGCUGUCCUCCACCCACCCUGGACCCAAGACCAGGAUCCGGAUUCCAGUAGGUAGACCUCUCCUAGUCCGAAGAGCGAAGCAGGCUGCUCUAACGAGCAAUUGUUGUGAUCCAAGGGAGUAUAGUGAUUAUAGCAAUCCCCAGAGUGUGAAUAUUGCUCUCCAAUCUUCAAAACAUGAGCCUAGACUUCAUGAACGAAUCUGUUUAAACUGUAUUAAACUACAUUAUCUCCAGGCACAGAAGACACACAUUUUUACAAAACCCCCCAAAUACCUUUUAAAACACACAAAAUCCCCACAAAAGUUACAUCACCUGAUAGCCCCGAUCUUCGUGACCAACAGAUCCAAAAAUCACCCAGAUCGGUUCAGGGAUUCAGGUAUUUCAUGGAAGUCAUAACUUAACCCACCGCCUGCAUGGUCCCAUGCCUAAAACCGUUCCAGAGAAUCAGGGCUUACGAUCGGUCUAGUACGGUAGUUUAAAGAUGAACAAACUACCAAACAUAGUCUUACCCUGGAGCUUGUUCCCCUUGUUCGUGGGAACAUAAAUGCUAUAAAACUCAACACAGGCUAUCAUGGAAGUCCAGCGGUGUUCGGGAGUUUGUGUCUGAAAAUAGUUCCAUGAACCCGACGACCAAACACCACUGCCCACCCACCUGCUCAGACAAUUGGAGGACACCCAGGAAUUUUGAGGACCUGAAGGCAACCACAGCGACGGCAAAAGAAAAAUACACAAAGAGAUGAUUCCACUGGCUAAGAUAUGUUGCCUCGGAUGACUUCGUGUCACUCCUGAAUGCACCCGAACGUAGGGAGAGUCGACAGCCUAUUGUACCAACGGGGUGGGGGGAACCGGGGCGGAGACUGGGGAUAAAGAUCGGCUGGACAGCACAGGUAUCUGCCCGCCUCAGUGUUACCCACUCCUCUACCCACCCCCAAACCCCUCCUCCGCUCCCUCCAAUUCCCCCCCCUCCUUCUUUCUGUGCCCCUGAAUCUUGCCCACACGAACACGACCCAAAUGGGACCCACACGGACACCCAGUUAUAAGAAUAGGAACUGAGAUCCCAGGCAAUAACUGACCACAUGAAUGGGACAAGCGCACAUUACCACACAGACCACUAGGUCCUGCGACCGACGUCUCUGACAGCAUCACCCACGACCUCACUGGAUGGUGGACGUACACCGUUAUACACACGCAGCCUACAGGGACACACAGCCAUUCGACUACCUUAUCACGCGUAAACCAACACCGCCAAGACAGCGAUACCUACACCUGGCAUGACCCAUUACCAACAGCAAGGCCCCCCACAUUGCAUUAAGCAAAUACAUAAAUGUCUCGCCAGCAUGGCCACCUACACUGGUGCAGACGACAGACAUGACAUGGGAAAAAAACACAAACCUGGUUGCUAUUUAGGCACUAGCGCAUCUCACGCUAUGUACCAUAACAAAUCUAUGCACAACCAAUGCCGCGGCUCUGAGCCGGAUGCGGAUAUCGUGGUUAAUGAAUAAUCUUGGACAGUCACACCAGGUGGCUUAUAAUGCGUAUACACGGAUCUGAACCUAUAUGCAUAUGCCGUAUGGAAGCUUGAUAUUAUGUUGUGAUGCAAUACCGGGCCUCUGCGAAGGCACAUGCAAGUACGCCGUAAAUUACUGUGCUAAGCCUUCUUCGUUUUUUUUCAAGGGCCCACAGGCUUUUGGUAAGAGGCUGGCCAGCAGGCCGCUCCAAGCACCUGUGACUAGGUUCAGUUCGUCAGUGUUGUGUGUUUUUUUUUUUUUUUUUAAAUGUGGUGUUAAAUGUAAUGUUAGUGUUCCUUUAAUACCCCUAUUAUAAAUUAAUGAUGGACCAUAAUGAAUGGAGUGAAACCAAAAUUGCUAAACUCUGCAAAAAAGCAAUGGGUGCACAUUGUGGUUCAUGAGCGGGUAGUGGGCCCUGUGAAUGUCACAAGGGGGCCUCUACUGUCAGGAUCAGAGUCAAGGAUCAGAAAAAUUUACAGUUAGAAUCUACCAAAUUUCUGGAAAAUUGUAUAGCUAGCUAUUCAUUUCCAAGUUUCACUCUACAAGGCAGAAAUAUAAGACUCUGAGGUGCAAGUAGUUUUUUUUUUUUUUUAUUAUUUAUUUGAGCAUUCUAGUCAAUGUAUGCUGAACCCUUGGAGGAAUGAUUGCUGUAAUGUGUUCCAGUACCAUUUCUGUUUUGGCAGCUCCAGUGUUGUGGGGUAAAGAAUUACACAUUCUGGCAUAACAGCACAUGGCAAAUCGCCAUCAAAAAUAACUCCGUGCCUUAUAGCUGCUGUAGGAAGAAUGCAACCAAUUGCACUGGAAACCUGACCAACAUGGAGAAAAUUAACACUGCGGUAAGGAGACAACUUCACUUUAGUUGUUUUUGUAACAUCAAGUUUCAUUAGCCUUAAACUCUUCUUAUCGUGUGCAUGAUCCCCUGCUGUUGUGUGUUAUGAUACUAUUGUAGGCUAAAACAUCUAUUGGCCAAUCUUGAUUUUAAGUAACAAUUAAUCCCCAACAACUUGAUAUUUACAAGUUUAAAGAGCCGUGAAGCCAUUCUCUAUCUUCUACUAUCACACACAGGGCUGCGAAGAUGUUCUGGAGACUCUGGUUCACAAAGUCCUUGAAUAUUCACUGUUUGUUAUACUUGGAUUUGCAGUGCUAGAGGUAAGUGCUCUGUGCACAUCUUUCAACAACAUUGUAUUAAUGAGGAUGCUAGAUGCAAUUACUAAGAGUCUUCCUCUGUGUAAAAAGAUAUAUUGUUUCCUUCUUGUUUAAUUAUGUUGCACUCUUUAGUAAUAUUAAAUUGCAAAGUGGCAAAAAUCUAAUUUGUGCUCUUAGAAAAGCAUUUUGCAUAAGCCUUAAAGGAACACUAUAGGGUCAGGAACACAAACCUGUAUUCCUGACCCUAUAGUGUUCAAACCACCACCAAGCCCUCUUGCUUCCCUAAAUCUUACUUGUAUUCAUCUCUGCAGCUGCUGCCUCUGCCCCUGAUCUGCCUUCCUGGUUGAGACUGAAAGAGGCACAUCAGGGCAGAGCCAGCACAAGCCAAACACAGCCCUAGCCAAUCGACAUCUCCUCACAGAAAUACAUUGAAUCAGUGCAUCGCUAUGAGAAAGUUCAGUGUCUGCAUGCAGAGGGUAAAGACACUGAAUGGCAGUGCUGCACACAAGGGAAUGAUUCUACUCACCAGAACGAUUACAGUACACUGUAGUUGUUCUGGUGACUAGUGUCCCUUUAACUAGAUUUUCUGACUACUUUUUAUUUGUUGUUUUUACACGUCACGGUCAAAGGGAUGGCAGAAUACAAGAGUGCCACCAAGUGGUGUACAUUAUACCUACAGUUUAUUUAUAACCAUAGCUACACAAACAAUCUUGUUGCUGUUUGAUACAAUCUGCUGUUUGAGUUUUCUUAUACUUAAACUGCUACUUAACCUGCCACAGUUUAACAAAAAACUGAAAGUUGGAAGCUUAACCACUUCAGGACGAAGUCAAUAGUACACGUUCUGAUCAAAACAAAAACUGGAAUUUGCGCUAUAGUUUGUCCACCUCUUUCAUUUUAAGUGCACCCACACUUAUUAUAUAUCAUUUUGUUCAGAAGAAACAGGGCUUUAAUUUAUCAAAACUAUUCAUAUAUGAAACGUAAUUUCUUAUGAAUAAAAUAAAAAACUGAAAAAUUAAGAUUUUUUUUUUUAAAUAAUGUGUAGUUCUGCCUGACAUUUUAGCUGUAAAUGUCAUAAUACUGUUAGCUUUUACUGCAAUAAAAUGCACAUAUUUGUAAUCAGCAAUGUCUCACGAGUACAACAGUACCCCCACUCCCUCCCCCCCAUUUGCAUUUCAUUUUUUCUAUCAUUGAAAUUUGCCAGUUUGGUAAUGUUGCCUUUGAGAUCGUAUGGUAGCCCAGGAAUGAGAAUUACCCCCAUGAUGGCAUACCAUUUGCAAAAGUAGACAACCCAAGGUAUUGCAAGAGGGGUAUGUCCAGUCUUUUUAGUAGUCAAAGUUGGCAUUCCUAUUUGUUUUUGGGUGAAAAAAGCAAAAAAACAACAAAAGAUAUUUGGCCAGUGUUUGUGACUUAGUGGCUACUAAAAAAAACUGGACAUACCCCGUUUGCAAUACCUUGGGUUGUCUACUUUUGCAAAUGUUAUGCCAUCGUGGGGGUAAUUCUCAUUCCUGGGCUACCAUACGGUCUCAAAGGCAACAUUUCAAUGUAAAAAAAAAUGAAAUACAAGCCUUUUAUAUAUGACUAACUUUCCAAAACACCAUAAAACCUGUACAUUGGGGGUACUGUUAUACUUGGGUGACUUAACUGAAGUCAAACAUUAGUGUUUCAAAACAGUAAAAUGUAUUCCAACAAUAUAGUCAGUAAAAAUGCAAUUUGUGUGUGGGAAAAAUGCAAAAAAGUCACUUUUACUGAAAAUAUCAUCGUUGUAAUACAAUUUAUCAUUUUGAAACCCUAAUAUUUGUGUUCAGCGAAGUCUCCCGAGUAUAACAGUACCCCCCAUGUACAGGUUUUAUUGUGUCUUGGAAAGUUCCAGGGUUAAAUAUAGUGCUAGCAAAUUAAAUUCUCUGGACUUUCUGCCUGGGUUGUCAAACAUGUCAAUCAAAUAUAUAUUUCAUUUUUAAAAAAUUUUUUUAUUUUAUUGUAAUUAAAUAUAUAUUAUACAUGUAACUUCAUUCUAAGUGUAUUUUAAUACGAAUAUAUGUAAUUAUAUUCAUAUUAAAAUACACUACGUAUGAUUCAUAUAGAUUUCUUAACUCCUAUUUUGUGUUGCACAUUCAUUCACUAAUGCCUCUACUUUUUUUUGUUCCUUUUUUUCUUUUCUCUUUUCCCAGUUUUUCGGAUUAAUAAGCAUUUGUGUCAUAACUUGCCGGGGCUCCCGAAAUGGAUACCAGCUACUUUGAAGAGUGCCUUCGAAAAAAUAUGCAGAUUUCCAUUUCUAAGAAUCAGCAUUGUUUGCAUGUUUUGCUGGCAAUUCGAAAUUGCAUUAAGUUGCUACAAAUGGAUGGAUCUCCUUUUGUGAACCCUGAAAUGUCUGUCUGUAUAGUAAAGGGACCAGUUACUAAAUUAAUAAUGAUUUAUUCUAAGUACUUUGUAUAUUUAAGAGAACUUCUUCGUAUGUUUUUGGAAUAAUUUUUUUUUUUGUACAUAAAAUAAAGACAUUUUGUUUCA